AUGCCGCCGACUCCACGGAUUCGGACGGUUGAGGGCUCUUGCUGGGGAUGCAAACAGCGUCGAGUGAUCUGUGACUUGGCCGUGCCGACCUGCGGCAAAUGUGCGAAGAUUGGACGGCGUUGCGAUUAUGGCACGGUGCGUCUGCGAUGGACCGACUGCGUGGCAUCGAGGGGACGGCUGGCGGGCAAGAAGAUCCCUCUGUACCAGCCGCCAGCGCUGCAGAGGAGCCAAGAUCAGCAUCUGCUCUACUUUGAGAAUGAACUGCUCCCCCGCCUCAAUCUGUCCAAUACCGUUCCUCGCAUCGAUUUGUCCUUCCUAUCGCGCGACCCCAUCCUGUCGCAGUCGGUCAUCGCAGUUGCGAAUGCCCAUCAGACAUAUGCAUACCAGAGCUCCGACGAGAACUCGGCGGUGGCCCGCAUUCAAGACCGCAAUAACGCGCUGCGGGUGUUCAGGAAGCACCUGAUGGCUGCACAUAACGAUGAGGUCAACCACUCCCUGUUCAUCGCCAAUGUCCUCCUCUGUAUCCUCGAUGGCAUGCUCGGACCAACCACGGAGAAUUCAGCAGCUGCAGCACAUCACCAUCUUGUUGGAGGAAAAGCGAUCCUGAAACACUGGGAGGGUGGUCAAGAUAUAUUCGACCAGACAGAAGAGCUACCGAUUCUGAUGCUAUCAAUCUUUACAACCAUGGAUCUGACCCACUCGUUAUUGAUUGGCGAUGAACCGUACUUGGACCAGCCGUCCUGGGCAAGGUUCGGUAAUUGCGAAGCUUGGUGGGGGAACGUCAAGUCGGAUGAUGAUUUCCUUCAGACGAUGGGCAUCCUAGCGAACCUCGCAACUCUCGGCCACGGCGUCCGUCACUUCAGCAACACCGUCCCUAUCGAUACCUUGCUCGCGAUCCAGACGUCUCUGGAUGAACAAGCGAAUCAACUAACCGUAGACGACGAAACGCAUGGCAGUGUCGAGAGAAGCGCAUGGGCUGCUUUCUGCUCCGUAUAUCGAUUUACAGCCUCAGUCUAUCUCUACCGUGCCCUCAGCGGUCUCGAUGUCGACCACCAUCUCGUGCAACAAGCCGUUAGCAGCUGCAUGGAAGUGAUCUCCAGCCCGGCUCUACCCUCGCAACUGCAGCACUGCAUCCUCUUCCCCCUACUCGUCGUAGGCACUCUCUGCAUGGAGGAAAACCAGAGAGUUACAAUCCGGCGCAGUAUCGAACGGACGUCGGCAUAUCUCUCGUUCGAAAGCCUGCGCUCUCUGACUCUGUUUUUGGAAGGGAGAUGGAAGAUGUUGGAUCAGGAGAACGAGGCGUAUCGGAAGUCGGAUUGGUGGUCGUAUUUCGAGGAUAUCGCGCUGGCUACUUGUCUCUUCUGA